UCUCCUCUCACAGCAGAGCGCGCGUGUGAUUUGACAGUCGCAUCUCUCCGUUUGUCCGCGAGCGCGUGCGCGCGCGUGUGUGUGUAUGUUUACGAUCGUCGUGCUCCACGUGCUGCGUGUGGAUGCGCUCCUCGCGCGCUGUCGGUAACAGAAACCAUGACCGGCGCGCCGCGCGACCCCUUCUACUCCUCUCCGUUCGGUCCGUUUUACCGGAGACACGCGCCCUACCCGGUGCAGCCGGAGUACCGGAUGCACGAGCUCAACAAACGGCUCCAGUCCCGGCCUGAGGACUGUGAUAUUCUGUGGUGGGAUGCAUUCUGCACUGAGUUCUUUGAAGAAGACGCCACACUGACUCUCUCGUUCUGUCUGGAGGAGGGGCCAAAGACAUACACCAUCGGGCGCACCCUGAUCCCUCGUUACUUCAGUUCUCUGUUCGAAGGAGGAGUCUAUGAGUUGUUUUUCGAGCUGAAACAAACAAAGGAGUCGUUCAACAACUCAACUAUUACUGUCGACUCUCAUCAGUGUACUAUGACCACACAGCACGGCAAACCUACGUUCACUAAGGUGUGUACAGAAGGCCGUCUAAUUCUUGUGUUCACCUUUGAUGACCUCAUGAGAAUCAAAACAUGGCACUUCACCAUCACACACUACAGUGAACUCAUUCCUCGCAGUGUCUUGGCUGUAAAUGCACAAGACCCUGGAGCUGUGGAACAACUGUCCAAAAACAUCAGCCGAGUGGGACUUUCCAACCUCACACUGAACUACCUCAGAUUGUGUGUGAUUCUAGAGCCCAUGCAGGAGCUCAUGUCGAGGCAUAAGACAUAUGGACUGAGUCCCAGAGACUGCCUGAAGUCCUGCCUCUUUCAACAAUGGCAGAGGAUGACAACACCACCAGUUGGACCCUCGCCCAGCUUCAAGACAGAAAUAUUUCCCACUAAUUCCAAAAAAUCAGAGCCAGCCAAACCAGCAACAAAGAGACGGAGGAGGAGGAACUCAGCUGGUAGCGCAUCCAAUAGCAACACAGGAAACAGCAAGAAGCGAAGCACAGCCAAUAACUUCAGCCUUCCUUCACAGGAUGUGAUGAUGGUAGGAGAGCCCUCUCUAAUGGGAGGGGAGUUGGGUGACGUGGACGAGCGUUUGAUCACACGCCUAGAGAACGAACAAUACGACCCCGUCAACGGUCUCCAUGAUGACGGUCUCCAUGACUACACCGACUCACCGACACUUGGAAACGGCAGCUCCUGGAACAGCCAGCACCCUAGCAACCAGGACACUAAGGCAGAUACCAUGGCGAUGCAGCAGUUGGAGUAAUGUGAUCUGACAGUGGGUAGCUAUGGCAACGGUGCUGUCAAGGGAUGGGAUGGGGGAAUCUUCAUCUGUAGAGGAGAGAUUGCUGGAGAGAGGUGUGUGUCUGUGUGUGUGUGCAUGCUUGCGUUUAUGUUGGUGUAACACAGUAUUCCAUACUUGAGACAUACAGCUUCAACCAUUUAAGGUAAAAAAAAAAAUCUGUUCAUUUCAUAAAAUAAUUUUUCAGCCUUUUUAAAAACUCAGUGGAUCUCUUGGCUUCAUUCUGUGCCAUACUGUUUGGUUUCUACGACAAUGUUUUAGUGCCACGUUGAAAUAAAAAAAAAUCUAAGACUAUGAGAUUAAAGUCGUAAUAUUUCGAAAAUAAAGUCAAAAUGUUUCGAGAAUAAAAUUGAAAUAUUACGAGAAUAAAGUCGAAUUAUUAUGAGAAUAAAUUCGUAAUACUAUAAGAAUAAAGUUGAAAUAUUAUGAGAAUAAAAUUGAAAUAUUACGAGAAUAAGGUUGAAAUACUACGAGAAUAAUGUUGAAAUAUUACGAGAAUAAAGUCGAAAUAUCACGAGAAUAAAGUCGUAAUACUACGUGAAUAAAGUCGAAAUAUUACGAGAAUAAUGUCAAAAUAUUACGAGAAUAAAGUCGAAAUGUUUCGAGAAUAAUGUCAAAAUAUUUCGAGAAUAAUGUCAAAAUGUUUCGAGAAUAAAGUCGAAAUAUCACGAGAAUAAAGUCGAAAUAUCACGAGAAUAAAGUCGAAAAGUUUCGAGAAUAAUGUCAAAAUGUUUAGAGAAUAAUGUCGAAAUAUUACGAGAAUAAAGUCGAAAUAUCACGAGAAUAAAGUCGUAAUACUACGAGAAUAAGGUUGAAAUAUUUCUAGAAUAAAGUCAUAAUAUUAUGAGAAUAAAGUCAUAAUACUACGAGAAUAAAGUCGAAAAAUUAUGAGAAUAAAGUUGAAAUACUACAAGAAUAAAGUCAAAAUAUUACGAGAAAAAAAUCAAAAUAUUACAAGAAUAAAGUCAUAAUACUACGAGAAUAAAGGCCUAAAUCUCUUAACAUUUCGACUUUAUUCUCAUAAUAUUUCGACUUUAAUCUUUUAAUAUUUCAACUUUAAAAACAUUUAGAUUUUAUUCUCGUAAUAUUCCAACUUUAUUCUCGUUAUAUUUUGACUUUAUUCUCGUAAUAUUUCAACUUUAUUAUCGUAGUAUUACAACUUUAUUCUCGUAAUAUUUAGACUUCAAUCUCCUAAUAUUUCGACUUUAUUCUCGAAACAUUUAGACUUUGUUCUCGUAAUAUUUUGACUUUAUUCUCAAAACAUUUUGACUUUAUUCUCGUAAUAUUUCAACUUUAUUUUCAAAAUAUAAUGACUUCAAUCUCGUGAUCUUAGAAUUUUUUUUUUACGUGGCACUAAAACGCUGUCGUAGGUUUCGCUACAACAACUCAAUGAAAAAAAAUUCCCAUUGUGAGCAUUAAUGCAGAUAUCUUUAUUGCUCUAAAGUUUAAUGCCUAUUGUAAAACACAUGCAGAUCUGUGCUGUUAGUUGUGUAUUUUAUGUAUGGUUUCAAUCAUUUGCAUUAAUAAAAUGUGUUUGGUUAUGA